CGGGACGGCCCCCAUCUUCUUUACGCGCGUCGGGCAUUUGGCGGCGUUGAGAAGUCCGGACGUUGCUGUCGCUGUUAGUGACCCUGUGGCGCGGCUGUGUGGGACCGGGAACUUAAAGAUCCGCCACAAUGGCUGAAAAUGGUGAUAAUGAAAAACUGGCUGCUCUGGAGGCCAAAAUCUGUCAUCAAAUUGAGUAUUAUUUUGGUGACUUCAAUUUGCCACGGGACAAAUUUUUAAAGGAACAGAUCAAACUGGACGAAGGCUGGGUACCUUUGGAGAUAAUGAUAAAGUUUAAUAGGUUAAACCGUCUAACAACAGACUUUAAUGUAAUAAUAGAAGCUUUGAGCAAAUCAAAGGCAGAACUCAUGGAAAUAAGUGAAGAUAAAACUAAAAUUAGAAGAUCUCCAAGCAAACCCCUCCCUGAAGUGACUGAUGAGUAUAAAAAUGAUCUUAAAAACAGAUCUGUUUAUGUUAAAGGCUUCCCAACUGAUGCAACCCUUGAUGACAUAAAAGACUGGUUAGAAGAUAAAGGUGAAAUACUCAAUAUUCAGAUGAGAAGAACAUUGCACAAAACAUUUAAGGGAUCAAUAUUUGCUGUAUUUGAUAGCAUUGAAUCUGCUAAGAAGUUUGUCAAGACCCCUGGCCAAAAGUAUAAAGACACAGACCUGCUAAUACUUUUCAAGGAAGAGUACUUUGCCAAAAAAAAUGAGGAAAGAAAGAAACAUAAAAUAGAAGCUAAAUUACGAGCUAAACAACAGCAAGAAAAACUAAAGUUAGCAGAGCAUCCUGAAAUGAGAGCGCUAGAAGGAAAGAUUGGCUGCUUGCUGAAGUUCUGCGGGAACUUAGAUGAUCAAACAUCUAGAGAAGAUUUUCACAACCUUUUCGCAAGGCAUGGUGAAAUAAAGUGGAUAGACUUUGUCAGAGGAUCCAAAGAGGGAACAAUUCUAUUUAAAGAAAGAGCUAAGGAAGUACUGGCUAGAGCAAGAGACGCACAUCAUGGUAACCUACAAAUAAGGAACAAAAGAGUGGUCUGGGAAGUACUAAGGGGAGAAAUGGAAAGAAGAGCACUGAGAAAAAUAAUACAAGAUCAGCAAGAAUCCCUAAACAAAUGGAGGACAAGAGGUCGCAGAUUUAGAGGAAGAGGAGGAAGGGGAGGAGGUAGAGCUGGCAUGGCUAUCAGAGGAAGAGCACAGUUUCAGGGCAGGAAACCUAGAUUUGAUCAUUUUGAAGACAGACGUGCUCCAUUUGGACGAAUAAAAAGAGCAAGAGAAGAAAGAGACGACCGUAUGGCACCAAAACAACGGAAGAGAGCAAAACGGGCCAGAUACCAUUAGUUUAGUAAACAAAAAUUUUUUUUAUUCAUUUUAAUUAGAUUUUAAGCUGCUUUUGUCUGAAGGCUUUAAGAAAGAAAACCGAAUUAGGUCCACUUCAAUGUCCACCUGUAAGAAAGAUUUUUUUGGUUGUUGUUUAACUUGUCUUUUUGUUAUGCAAAUGAGUAUUUUUUUUAAAUGUGUAGUUCCGUUUGUGUUUUUUCAGAUGAUUCAAAUCAAAAGGAACAUUCUUCCACUAAAUUGCCUUUGUAAUAUGAGAAUGUAUUAGUACAAAGUAAUAAAAUGUAUACUGCAUAAAAAUAAACAGUUGAUUUUUUUAUUUUCGUUCCCAAAGCAUUUGAGAAAGUAUUCUAUCUUCCAGGCUGGCUUUCUGUAUUUACUCAAGCAACUUAAUAAUGUUAGAAAUAAUUACUUAUUGCAAAGUUUUUCAGUACUGAAUGUAGACAAACCAGAAUCAAGAGACUUACUGAUUUUUUUUUAUGAAACGUGUAUGAUGCUGGCAGGUCAUAUCGCAGCUCUAUAAAACAAAAGCCACCCAAGGAUAAAAACUGUAUUUCCAAACAUUUACCACCCUUGACUUAAAAAGAAAAUUUUAAGUAGGGAGUCCUAAAUGCUGAUAAAAUAAACAUUUUAGACCAGUCACUUUAACCAAAAUUUGAGAAAAGUAGAUAAAAGUGUAUCCUAUGAAAACAUGUUAGUACCUUCCUAUUUUUAAUUUUCUAAAUCUGAAGCUACCAAUUUCAUAACCAUGCUUAUUUCAAAAAUUUUUUGGUCUCGAUUUUAGUAAUAAUUAGCUGUUUUCCUACCAAGUGCUCAAAUGAAAACCCAUUUUUCUUCUUGUUGUGGUAGUGGUCGUUUUUGGUUUUGUUUUGGGGUUUGUUUUGUUUUGUUUUGUUUUUUUGGCUGCACCCUUAGCAUGUGAAGUUCCUGGGCCAGAGAUCAAACCCAUGCCACAGCAAUAACCUGAACCAUAGCAGUGACAACUUGUGCUGGAUCCUUAACCCUCUGGGCAACCAGGGAACUCCAAAAACCCACUUUUCAUAUUCUUUACUUCUAAAGGAUAAUGCAGGUUCUCCAAACUUAGUACUGAUCAAUUUUAGAGGGAUAGCAGUCUACAUACCUGUGCUUCAUAUUUUGGAGUAGAUUCUAACUCUGUAAAUCACAUCUCUCAAAUUUUAAUGUGCAUUCAAAUCAAAUCCUGUUGAAAUGCAGAUUAUCAUUCAGUAGGUCUACGUGAAGCCUGAAAUUCUACAAGUCUGACAAGCUCCCAAGGGAUAUCAAUGCUGAUGGUCCACAUUUGAGGACCAUGCUUGGAGUAGCAAAGCUCUGGCUUACUCUACUACUACUGGAACUGUUCUAAGGUCUCCAUGUUGCAUAUUAUACCUUAAACUAGGUAUGGAAUGACAAUACUGAAUAAUACGAAGACAGACUUUUACACAUUAUAUUACUAUUAUGAUCUAGUUAUGUGGUUAACACUAGAGUGCUAAUCUAGUCAGUUUAUUACUGUGUAAAAGAAUUUCCCCCUUGUUGUACUCUUAUUUCAGGCUUUCCAGAAUUAACUUGGAUUGUAGUUAGCUUCUAGUUAAUAUGCUUUUCCCCUGUUGAUGUUUAUGAAUAUUACUCAAUUUACUAAUAAAAAUGUAUCAAACAUGA